AUGGCUGCACAAAUAAUCGAGUUCGCUAGAAGACCUGGUUUUGGUUCUUAUGGUAGAGCAACACGCGUCCGUGCAAACUUCUUUGAAGUUACUUCCUUACCAGACGGCAGUAUAUUCCAUUAUGAUGCUACUAUAACACCUGACGUCCCUCCUCCAUUGAACAGAAGGGUUUUUCAACAACUUGAAGCUAAAUAUGGUCCUACUGCUUUAGCUGGCGCAAGACCCAUUUAUGAUGGUCGUAAAAAUAUCUUUUCUUCAAAAAAUUUUGCGUUUGGUGACGCUUAUACAUUUGAGAUUAUAUUACCAGAAGAUGAUGGUGCUCCUUCUGGAAAACGUCCACCACGUGCUUUUAAAAUUAGGAUUAAAAAAGUCGGCGAGAUUAAUAUGGAUGAACUACAUAAAUUUCUUAAUAAUGGAGGCGCUGAAACUUCCAAUUGUUUGACUGCUUAUACGGCUCUUGAUGUUCUCAUACGUUAUAAACCAUCAUUACAGCAUGAAACUGUUGGUCGUUCCUUUUAUACCUCAGCCGGUGCCAUGCAAAUUUCUGGUGGUGCCGAAAUCUGGCAGGGUUAUUAUCAAUCCGCGCGUGCUACAAUGAGAAAGAUGAUGAUCAACGUCGACUUGAGUGCUACAGCUUUUUACAGAAGUGGUAAUCUUGUAGAUACUGUAGUAUCAAUAAUGGGUUGUAGAUCUCCAGAUGAUCUUCGUAGAGGUUUACAAGAAAGAGACAGAGCUACAAUAGAGAGGGCAAUAAAAAACCUUAAAAUUCGAGUCAUUCAUCGUGGUGAUAGCCCUGCAUCAAAGCGAAAAUACAAAAUCAUUAAACUCACAAGCACACCCGCAACUCAUACGAGAUUCGACAUAGAAGGAACUACUCAAGAUGUUGCCACUUAUUUUCAAGAGCAAUAUCGUAAACGGUUAAACUUUCCUUAUCUUCCCUGUGUUGUUGUGAGAAAAGAUGUUUUCUUUCCUAUGGAAGUUUGUGAGAUUAUAGAAGGGCAACGUCACAUAAGAAAGCUUAACGACAGGCAAACAGCGGAUAUGAUUAAAUUCACUUGCCAAAAUCCAAAUGUUCGUGCUAAUAAAAUAAGGCAGGGUCUCAAUAUCCUUGAUUAUCGAAGGAAUGAAUAUUUGCAACAGUUCGGAAUGCAAGUUUCAGAUGAAAUGGCUUUAGUUCCAGCUAGAAUUUUACCACCCCCUAGGAUUGAAUACCAUCCAUCAUCUCGUGAUGCUAUUUUUGCACCAAAAGAUGGCUCCUGGAAUUUGAGAGAUAAGAAAGUGGCUACUGGCGCUACUCUCGGAUCAUGGUCUGUUGUUGUGUUUGGCCCUGAAACCCAAUUUCCGUCCGCAGCUGUUCAGGCAUUCAUUCGGGAGCUUGUUGUCACAUGCCAGGAUACAGGAAUGAAUAUUCCAAAUAGAACUCCUCCAAUAAAACAUCAUAAUCCUCAAGGGAAUAUUGAGGAAAUAUUAAAGCAAAUGUGGCUUAUGGCUGGAAAUACUGCAAAAGCACAUCCACAACUUAUAUUAUGCGUUUUACCAAAUGUGGGAAUUCCUUUAUAUGCUGAAAUUAAGCGCGUAUGCGAUACAAUCAUCGGUGUUGCAUCGCAGUGUAUUCAGGGUAAACAUAUGAUGGCCGCAAAAAAACAAUAUUGUGCAAAUGUUUGUCUUAAAAUGAAUGUAAAAAUUGGUGGCAUGAAUUCCUUUUUAAGUACAAAUCAGUUGCCGUUCGUUACUGAACGCCCAACCAUUCUAAUGGGAGCGGAUGUUACUCAUCCAUCAGCUUCCGAUCAAUCUCGUCCUUCAAUUGCUGGUAUAUGUUCCUCUGUGGAUGCCAAGGCAUCGCAAUAUGCUGCUGCUAUACGCAUUCAAGAAGGAAAAUCAGAAAUAAUAGCUGACCUUUCUAGUAUGAUUAAAGAAUUGUUAAGAAAUUUCUAUCAAUCAUGUGGUAGAAAACCAGAUAGAAUUAUAUUUUAUCGGGAUGGUGUAUCAGAUGGUCAAUUUGCCGAAGUUCUUAAGAAUGAAGUCGAAGCGAUAAGAGGUGCAUGCCAAGGACUAGAAUCUCAAUAUAAACCAACCAUAACAUUUAUUAUUGUACAAAAAAGACAUCAUACCCGUUUCUUCCCGGUAGAUAAAAGGGAUUCUGAUAGAACUGGAAAUUGUCUUCCUGGCACCGUAGUAGAAUCUGAUAUUACGCAUCCAUACCAAUUUGAUUUUUACUUGCAAAGUCAUGCCGGGCUUCAAGGAACUUCCCGUCCAACACAUUAUCGUGUGUUGUAUGAUGAAAAUAACUUUAACCCAGAUACUUUGCAAACAAUGUCGUAUAAUCUAUGUUACCUGUACGCGAGAUGUACCGCCUGUCUAUUAUGCGCAUUUGGUCUGCCAUCGUGCACGUUUUCAUGCACGUGGUGGAAAUUGGAGUGA